UAGGGCGCACGGCCCCCUGAACUCCGUUCAAGGCAUGAUUAUAUGAGGACCACGCAGUCUCUCUCCCCCAACCCCCGCCGCCUCGUGUGUGAUGAUCGUACUCUGUGCCAUCUGAGGGGGAAGAAGAGUGACACUGCUCUUGAAAGUGCUGACGAAAGUGACCCUGGCAUCACCCCCCCACCCCCACCCUGGGAGAGAGGGGAAAGGAGUGGGAGAAGGCGGGGCGGGGGGGGGUGACCGUCUGCGCGGAGCGGGAGGGGAGAAGCGCAGCGAGCGAGUGAGGGGGUUCCUUGUUGUGCACUGCGCGCGCGGGUGUCAGUCAGUGCGCGGCCAGCGCAUCGGCCGAGGGCGAGAGCGCCGACUUGGGCUCGGUCCCCUCAGCCAGGCUGCUGCGGGCGCGUGUGAAGCUUUCUUGUAUGUGGGCUGACGGCGGCGGUAGCGGCUCCGCUGCCCCCCUCGCGCCCCUGCGAAGACGGGGGGUGAAGAAGAAGGAGGAGGAGGCGGAGGCAACUGCAACGCCAGGAGCAGGGAGGAGGAGGAAGCGGCGGCGGAGGCGACCGACUACGAGAAGGGAGCCCGGCAGAGGCGGAGCCGGCGCGCGAGCCCGGCCGGCCUGGACUCUGCACCGCACGGUCGCCGCCGCCGCGACCACUAGCCGCUGGAGCUCCCGGUGAGUCCCCCUGUGUGGAGAAAGAGCACGGCGCGCUCGGGGCCCUUCCCAAGACUGCGAAAUGGAUCCUAAGGUUAAAUGAAACUGGAUAAGCCAGAUCAAUGAAGAAACUCCUGCUCUAUAUGUUUUAGGAGCAGAACUCCUGAAGAUUUGAGCAGCCAGACUUGCUAUAUUUUCAUAAUGAAGAAAAUUAGUCUCAAGACCAUUCGUAAGUCUUUUAAUUUAAAUAAAAGCAAAGAUGAGAGUGACUUCGUUGUGGUAGCACAGCCGUCAUUAAAUGAUUUUGGAAAAGAUGACUCCUUAUUUGGUAGCUGCUAUGGUAAAGAUUUGGCUAGUUGUGACCUCAAUAGUGAAGAUGAAAAAGGUGGCAAAAACAGAUCAAAGAGUGAAAGCUUAAUGGGUACAUUAAAACGACGACUUUCAGCAAAACAAAAACAGAAAGGCAAAGGCAGCACGCCAUCUGUUAGCUCUGCUGAUGAUGACACCUUUUCUUCCUCCUCUGCUCCAAUAACAUUUAAAGAUGUUAGAUCUCAAAGACCUCUUAGAUCUACAUCCCUCCGUAAUCACCAUUACAGUCCAACUCCAUGGCCUCUUCGUCCAACAAAUUCAGAAGAGACGUGUAUAAAAAUGGAAGUGAAAGUAAAAGCCUUGGUCCACUCCUCAAAUCCAAGCCCUGCAUUGAAUGGUGUUCGCAAAGAUUUCCAUGACUUGCAGUCAGACAGCAUGUUCCAGGAACAAAACAAUGCAUUAAAAAGUACAGAAUCUCAGAAUGGAGACUUGCAUCUCCAUAUUGAUGAACAUGUGCCUGUAGUUAUAGGACUUAUGCCUCAGGACUACAUUCAGUAUACUGUGCCUUUAGAUGAGGGAAUGUAUCCUUUGGAAGGAUCACGUAAUUACUGUUUGGAUAGUUCCUCACCCAUGGAGGUUUCAACUGUUUCUUCUCAAAUGGGUGGGAGUGCAUUUGAAGAAGAGGGUCCAGUGGGUCAAGAUGUAGUAGUUGCUCCAGAUAUCUUCGUGGACCAGGCAGUGAGUGGCUUGUUGAUUGGUACCACAGGAGUCAUGUUGCAAAGCCCGAGAGUUAAUCACAGUGAUGUUCCUCCACUCUCUCCAUUGCUACCUCCAAUACAGAAUAAUCAAAUCCAAAGGAACUUUAAUGGCCUGAAUGGCACAGAUGUUCAUGUGGCUGAAAGUAUGCGCUGCCAUUUGAAUUUUGAUCCCAACUCUGCUCCUGGAGUUGGAAGAGUUUAUGAUUCUGUACAAAACAGUGGCCCUAUGGUUGUGACAAGCCUCACAGAAGAACUGAAAAAACUUGCAAAACAAGGAUGGUACUGGGGCCCAAUUACACGAUGGGAGGCAGAAGGAAAAUUAGCCAAUGUUCCUGAUGGUUCAUUUCUCGUACGAGACAGCUCUGAUGACCGCUAUCUUUUAAGUCUGAGUUUUCGUUCCCAUGGUAAAACUCUUCAUACUAGAAUUGAGCAUUCAAAUGGUAGAUUUAGCUUUUAUGAACAACCAGAUGUGGAGGGACAUACUUCUAUAGUUGAUCUAAUUGAACAUUCAAUCAGGGACUCUGAGAAUGGAGCGUUUUGCUAUUCAAGGUCUCGAUUGCCUGGAUCUACAACCUACCCAGUCAGACUGACCAAUCCAGUAUCUCGGUUUAUGCAGGUGCGCUCCUUGCAGUAUCUGUGUCGCUUUGUUAUACGUCAGUAUACCAGAAUAGAUCUGAUUCAGAAACUGCCUUUGCCAAACAAAAUGAAGGAUUAUUUACAAGAAAAGCACUACUGAAGGCUUAUGGGAACCUUGCAUCUUGCACUUUGGGAACAACAAAAAAUUAAAGGAGAGAGAUUGAAAUACCGUUUACAAACUUUAAUUGCUAUCAGUCUUUUGCUGCCACAAUUUCAUUUUUGUGUGUAAAGAAGGGUAAUGCAUUUUAAUUUGUUUGAUGGGUGGUCUGGGUUUUUCUUUUAAAAAUAAUAAUCUCAUGGGGUUUUUUUAGAAGAGUGAAAUAGCUAUCUUUCAUUCAAUGUGCAAAAUAAUCACAAUGUGAAUGAUAAAAGUUUUCCUGAAAUUCCCCCAUCUCCUUUGCUGCUAAUCCACUGUGAUUUUUAUGCAUCCGAAGCACAUUUCAUGUGUUUUCAACCAUAAGUAAAAGUUGAAACUUGAUGGAAUAUGUUUUGUCUUCAAAUGGCCUGGUUUUGUUUUGUUUUGUUCAGUUAAAAAAAGUUGUGGAUAAAAUGUGCUAGUAUAAGAAAUUACAGAAUCUUCAUGUACAUCAAAAAUGAUUUCCCAAUAUUCUAAUUAAAAACAUAAAGCUAACUGUGGUUUGAAGGGAAUGUGUGAUGCAACACAGUUAUGCAACAUAUCUUUUGAAAGCCUUUUUUCUCCUAACCCGUUUCAAGGAUUGUAGAUAUUAUUUUGCUUUUUUGUUCAUUCUUAACCGUUUUUUAAGCUCUUAAAAUGGCCUUUCAAAAUAGACUUGGAAAUUCUCAUGUUAGUGUUUUAUUUCAACAAAGGCACCAUGUAAAUUGGGACAAUUUUUUAAAUUAUUUGAUUUUCCCAUAGAAAUAGAUUUGGACUACACUAGUAGUUUAUGGCAAUGGAAAGCCACUUCCUUUUCCAGUUGAUUUCAACAUUGUGGGUUCUAGCUCAGCAAGUUUUUAUAUUAUUAUUUUACUUAAAUGGAGCUAAAUGUUACCCAGUUUAUUGCUGCAAAAAAGAAAAAGAAAAGAGGACAUUAUUCAGCUAAAGUUAAGCACAUCCAAAUUCUAUGACUGAAACAGAAGCUUACAUUCCUCCCCUUAAAAUUGAUAGAACUAAGAAGUGCUUAAUUUUAGCUGGAUUUGCCCUUAGUGUUAUUAAAUGUCUUAUUUUCUUAAAUCUUAGCACUCAUUCUGCAUCAUUUUAUUUAAUUUCAGUUCAUUUCAGCUCAUUCAGAUUAAAAUGUUUAUUUCAUUUUAAUCUGUGAAAAGGGAAGAAAUUAAAUUUACCCCUAAAGACAAUUAAAAAAAAACCAAAACACGUGCUUUAAACAUUAAGAAGGAAUUGAUUGUAUUGUAGCAUAGUCACAUAGGAAGUGUUUCGAUGUGAUACUAGUUUCAUUUCUAUUAAUUCUUAUUGGAAACAAAGAAAAUGAGUUUCAUUGAAAAUAUAUGCUUAUCUGGAAUAUGAAAAUACAGCAGGAGCUGUUCCUGUACAAACCCCACUAGGAUUUCCAGAGGAAUAUAGAUGAGGGGUUUUUUUAAUUGCUCCCUUGUGGCCUACAAAGCCUUUGAAUUGUCUCACUAGAAAUUGAAAGGGCUAUAGAAAGGACAGCUUCACAUAGUGACCCUAAUUCAGAGAAAAUUGGUCAGCUUGAGUCCUAUGGAAAUCAAUGGGAGAAGUUAGUUGCAACAGCCUUAAAUCGCAUUGGCUGAUAUCCAGCACAGCAUUAGAAGGGUGGUGCAGAAACUGCCCCUUGCAGCAUGGAUUGCUGUGAGCUCGGCUGAAGGCUAGUUGAGCAUCACAGUGCAUGUGCAAGGGAAAGGAACAAUAUUCACUGCUCUCUCCUCUGUCCCAAAGUGCUCUUUGGCUUCCACAAAUAUGUCCCUGAGGGCUGUGUGACCCUCAUGAACAUAUUCCUGAAAGCUCAUGAACAUAUUCCUGAAAGAGGGAGGGGAGAGCAGUGAAAAUCACUCCCUCUGUGUGUAUGCUGCACUGCUCAAUCAGUUGAGCUCAGUGCAUCUCUUGCUGUGAGAGGGCAGCUCCUACUCUGCCCUCUUAGUGCUGCACUGGAUGUCAGCCACUGAUUUCAUGGGGACCUGUGUAACCUCUUCUGGAUUGGGGCCAUUAUGAUUUCUGGUCACAAGAGUUCCUGUUGAACAUUUUACUGUGGAAAGGAUGCAUUCCUGUUUCUAUUUAGGAGUGAUCUUGUAGAUCAAAAUCUUGAUAAGUAGGAAACUGAACUCUAAAAUGUAUAAAGGAAAUGUACAAUUUGGGAGUGUAACUUUUGAGUGUCAGAAUUUAUUUUGUGCCAUGUUCAUGUAAUCCUCCAAAAGAUAUGGUCAUGAAUAAUUUUGCCAUUUUCCUGUCUAAAUGUUUGAAUAUGUUUCUGUUUAGAAUUCAGUUGGUUAAGGGGUGAGGACGUUCUUAAAAAUCUUUUUUGGAUAUUUCUCUCUUGCUUGUUCUUGUUCUACCUAGCCUCUUUUGUGCUCUGAAUGAGUUUGUAAUAUUAAUUACAGUGUUGCUGCAAGGUGCUGGAAUGGCACUACAUCCUGGGUUGCCUGAAUCAAUAUUCUAAACUUCUAUUUUUUUAAAAUUUAUUUUUAGAUCAUAGGGUUUAAGAAGAAUAUCAGAGGCAAAGCAUGUCUUUUGCUCUGGGAGACAGAGGUGGAAGUCUCUCUUGCCUAGUUUAAAAUAGAUUUUGAAAAAGAUAUAUAUAGAGGGAGACAUAUUCUUAAAUUCCUGAGCAAAAUAUAUAUGUAUGUGUAUGUCAUUUAUUGGCUCUGCCAUUCUGAUAUUUAUGCAAAUUCUUAAUUUGUUUUCUGAUUCCCCUCCCCCCCAAAGCAAGACUACAAAUUUUAUACAUAAAAGGCACAAUAAUAUAUACUAUGGUACAGUGUUUUGCAUCUGAGAGGAAGAAAGGGGAAACCAUUUUUAUACAAUAGGAGACAUACAUUAGGGUAGAACUUACGUUACAGUAAAACGUAUCCUUGUCAUUUCCUUGCGGGGGGGACCCCAACAACACUUCCCCUUCAGAAGUAGAAAAUGACUAUGUGGUUGUGGGGGAAGCUCUCUAGAACAGUAAAGUGUAUUACGGCAAAUAUUUGAAGUAAAAAUUAUCCCAGUAUUUCACUGUUUAAAUAAUGAUUCAUUAUAGUAUUACAGGUUCUUCCAUGUGAAUUAAUAUAUAUUUCUGUCCCUAAUAUCCCAGGCAUUCUGCUGUUAAGACUGCGCAAUAUGAGGCAGCCCUUUGAUGAGGCAAGGUGAAGCAGUUGCCACAGGCAGCAGAUUAUUGAGGUGCCAGCUGGGUGGCAAGAUGUCCUCACCCCCCACCACCAUUGCCAUCAGAGUACCUCUUUGGGACUGAUCUGACCCUUACAAAUUUUGCACAGAGCACCUCUCCUCACACUCCUUGCAAAGUUUGCAAGAAGCACAAGGAGAAAAGAGGAGGCUGCUAGCAGCCUUCCUCCUCCCUGUCCCCCAUGCACUUCCCAAACUUGCAAGAGCUGUUUCUGAAAGGGGGCUGGCCCCAAAGCUUGCAAGGGUUGAUUAUGAAAGGGGGCUGACUCCCACCAGCGGGGUGGGGUAAGGCAGAAUUUUGUACCUCUCCUCAGGCACCACAAUCCCUUGGGCUGCCCCAAAGCAAUACUAUCAUGUUUACUCUGAAGUAAGUCCCACUGCAUUCAGUGGAGCUUGUUCACUAGUAAGUAGCAGGCAUCUUACUGAACUGAAGUCCCAUUGAGAUUGAUUUAGUUAGGAUGCCAGCCGGUGUGUUUUGGUAUUGCAGCCUGAAACAGUUGACAGCGAACAGCAUCCUUCAUUUCUUCCCAUGCCCUCUCAUUUUCCAUUGCUACGUCAGUGUGGUUCUUCAGAGUGGUCACCAGUCCUUGAACAUUAUCCAUGUGUUUCUUCCCUCUCUGUUCCUGUUACGGCAAAUGCUGCAGUAGCAGCUGCUGUCUCCCACUGUAAAGCUCAGUGGGCUUAGUGAAAGCAACACACCCUGAUGAUGGCAACACAUGGCCAUGUGCAUGAUGGAUAGAUAUCCCUAUAUAACCUUGCCACUGCUAGCCCUUCCUUCCUAAGCCAACCAAAUAUCAACUAAAGCAGCAACAGGUAGCACCAUACACCGAUCUAGCAAACAAAAACAGCAAAUAAAAAUAUGAUAGAUAGAUAGAUGUAGCUGCAAUAAGCACACCUUCCACUUUCUGCAUUUGUAGCUGAGCAAACACUUCAGCUGCAAAUACAGCACAGUAUUGUUUGCUGUUGGCAAUCACCUGGCAUGCUUUCUGGUUGGAUGAACUGGCAGCAUUGCCCCAGUGAUGUUGGCUGUUGUGGCUUAGCUUGGCUUGAAUAAACAUUGAAAGUGUAGCCUAAUUAAUAUAUGCUGGAGGUAUUCUCUCUGUCUCUCUCACACACCCGCCCCCAGGCUUGUCCUUAACCCUUUAAGGCAAGGUGUCAGAGAGAUCUGCUAGUAGCUGCUCUGUGUAUUAUCACUCAGCUUGCUUGAGUGGCAAGCUGCAUCCUAAAAGAGUGGGUAAAUUCUGAAAUAAGACUCUUGAAUGAAAACAUUGAAAACACUUUUCAAAAUUGCCUUUGUUGCACUGUUCUUUGGACUUCAUGGAAAGUUCAUCUCUUUUUGCCUACCAAUUCAUAUUUUUAUUUCAGUCAAAAUGCACAAAAAUGUAAGAACUAAUAGGAGUGGCCUGCUUAUGUACCUAGUGAGGGAUAAUGCAAAGGAAAAGAAACUUGCAAGACCGUAUAACAGCUUCCUUAAGUAUGUGGUGCGGAAAAGUGGAAGUCCAUAUGGACAGACGUUGCUGUUGUAGUAUUGCCUGAAUUCUCUUCUCCUAUGUUGCACUGCACAUACCAGUAGAAAAUCCACAUGAGGCAUUACACAUCCUUGUAUGAAUUUUGUAUAACAUCCUUACUAACGAAGCAGCAGUAUAACAGGAAAAGCAUUGGUGUAGCACCAGUGCUUCUUGAAGGGCUCCUAACUAACACUACACCUAACUAGUGUGGAUGUGGGGGAAUUUCAGCAAUUACCCCUUCCCCCAGAAACCUUCAGAGUCAUGCAAAAAUAUGUCUCUGAGGGCCACAUAGUGGCACCUAGUGCUUCCUAGGUAAGGAGAUGUCAUCAAAAUUUGCCCUACUGCUGAGCAAGCAGUGGAAUUGAGUUGAACCUUUUAGAAGCACAGGUGCUUCUUCUGUUGCACUGGUGCUUCAGGUUGUCAGCCACUAAUACAUAAAUGGGUCCUCAGAUGAACAGUUAGAACAUAAUUGAAUAAGGGGACAUGCUCAAGUUAGGGGGGAACUAAUCACUUUAGCUGCUUAGCAUUUCUUGUAAUCCUGUGAUAUAAUUUCCUCAGGCUUUAGUAUCAUUCUGCAAACAAACUGCAUUAAUUACAUUUUACAAUGUGUUACUGAAACACCAGCAGGAGCACAGCUUCAAAAACUAGCUUCUGAUAGCAUUUGUGUAAUGCUUAUGCUUAUUUAUGAUACAAAUGACUAUCACCUCUAUAUUAGCAUAAUUUAGUUAAUGCAGCUGAAAAAGGUUACUGCUGUAAACAACAUGCUACUGACUGCAAGAUAGUGGUAUAAAAGUAGUAUGUUAGGAAAUUAAUGAUAAAAACUAGAAAACAAAAAGAGUAAGAGCAUGCUUGAGUGUGUCCCUUUUAAAACAGGAGUACUCACCUUAGACUUCAGAAGGGAAAAAGCACCAUUUCAUUAGUAAAUUAAAGUUGGAUUUUUUUUUUAGAACAAAGUUUAAAUUGCAUCAGGCAUUUCAAAGCCUGCAAUGGGAAAGUUUUUUUAAAAAAUGGAGACUGGUAUGAGAAACAAAGGGUCCAGCACCAAGAGUCUGCAUGUAUGUUCUGCUCUGCUUGGUACAGCAGCUUUUGCAUUUGGAAAUAGACUCAAACAAGUGUUGCUGGCACCAUCAUACUUUAAGUUGGUUGCAGUUCCCAGGAGAUCUCCCGUAGCCAAUGUUCUGGCAUCUUCGUGGUACCCAAUAUAUGGCCUGGUAUGUCUGAGACUACUGAAAGGGGAGCCAUAAAUUCCUCUGCCUGAGAUGUCCCAGAAUGGUUUUGAUUAUGCAGAGGGUGAGGCACACACUGGUGCUGCUGUUCCUUAAAUAGAUGGACUUGGAGUGUGCUUUAAACUAUUUUCUUUUCUGAUUUAGCAUUAUGGUAUUAAUAAAUUUUUAAGAAAAUUGACCUGCAAUUCUUUAAUUGAUUUAUUAUUCCCAUUGUUACAAUAAAAGCGUUUUUAUUUGCUA